AUCGUAAAAGUUACCCGACCAUAAGAUCCAGUAAAAUUCAGACCACGAGUAAAUAAGAGAACACAUUUAAAUGUUUUUUUCUUAAUUUUUAUCAUUUCGCACGACGUCUAAAAUUUUUCACUCUUCUCCUCCUUUGAUGUAUAAAGAAAAAAUUUUAAUAUAUAUAUUCCAUUAUAAUACCUUUUUAUAUUUUUCUUUCUUUUCUUCUUUUUUAUCAUCAUCAAAGUAAUUAACAAUGAAGUACAUCCAAACUGAUCAAAUCUUAGACAUCCCAGAAGGUGUUACCGUCUCCAUCAAAGCUAGAUCCAUCAAGGUUACUGGUCCAAGAGGUGAAUUAUCCAAAGACUUAAAACAUAUCAAUGUUACUUUCGUCAAGGUUAACGAUAAAGCCAUCAAGAUUACCGUCCACAAUGGUGACAGAAAACAUGUUGCUGCUUUAAGAACUGUUAAAUCUUUAAUUGCUAACUUGAUCACCGGUGUUACCAAGGGUUACAAAUACAAGAUGAGAUAUGUUUAUGCGCAUUUCCCAAUUAACGUUAACGUUAUUGAAAAGGAAGGUCAAAGUUACGUUGAAAUCAGAAAUUUCUUAGGUGAAAAGAGAGUCAGAGAAGUUAAAAUCUUUGAUGGUGUUACUGUUGAACAAUCUGCUAACCAAAAGGAUGAAUUAGUUUUAUCUGGUAACUCUUUAGAAGCUGUUUCUCAAAAUGCUGCUGAUAUCCAACAAAUCUGUCGUGUUAGAAAUAAGGAUAUCCGUAAGUUCUUAGAUGGUAUCUAUGUUUCCGAAAGAGGUCAAAUUGUUGAAGAUUUAUAAAUUAAUUAAUAGAUUUUCAUUUAAUUUUUUGCAUCAUCAUGUUUCAUAUCAUUAAUUCAACCAACCAAUCAACCAACCACAUAACUUAAAAGUUUUUUUAUGUGUUUAAUUUUAAUACAUUUUGCUCUUUUAUAUUUCAGCUUGUUUGCUUCUUUAGUUUUCACAAUUUGGGUUUCCUUUUCAUUUCUAUUAUUUUUCUUUGUUCACUUUAUAGUUUUAUGGUUAAACUACUUUACCCAGUUUGAUUACUUCAGAUAUUAUGGAUUUGUUAUCGUGCUCAAUACAAUGCAGAGCCACCAACGAUCCAUUUCGUAGCCUAAAAGUUUUAUCUCUAUCAUUUGCGAUGAAUUAGUUCUUGUAAUUUUGAGUAAGUUUUAUUACUAUUGAAAUUAUGAUUAAUUCAGACUUUUUUGAACUGUUUGCAUUGUUAUUGAGCUUUAAUUAAUGUUUAUUAUUAAGAUUGAUAUCUUUUAUCGAAUGGUUUUGAUUA